AUGUCGAAGGUGUUCGAUUAUGAAGAGGUGGCCAAACACAACACCGCCGAGUCCUGCUGGGUGAUACUCUACGGCUCCGUCUGGGACGUGACCUCCUUCCUCCCCUCGCACCCAGGCGGCUCGAAGAUAAUACUCCAGCUCGCGGGCACCGACGCGACAGAAGAGUACGACCCGAUCCACCCACCAGGCACGCUCGAAGAAUCCCUCCCGUCCUCCGCGAAACUCGGCACCAUCGAUCCAGACACCCUACCAAAGACCGAAACAGCGCCCGCAGACGACGAUCCCACAGACACCGGUCCCCCGCCCCUCGAAGACCUCCUCAACCUCGACGACAUAGAAGAAGCAGCCACGAAACAGCUCAGCAGAAAGGCAUGGGCCUACUACUUCUCCGCGAGCGACGACCUCGCCACCAAAUCUCACAACAACACCGCAUACCGCCAGAUCCUCCUCCGCCCGCGCAUCUUCCGCGACUGCACGCACUGCUCCACCGCCACCACCCUCCUCGGCCACAGCGUCAACAUCCCCAUCUACGUCGCGCCGGCCGCAAUGGCGCGGCUCGCGCACCCGGACGGCGAAGCCGGCAUCGCAGCCGCGUGUGCGCGCUUCGGCGCCGUGCAGGUCGUGAGCAACAACGCGUCGCAGACGCCCGAGCAGAUCGUGGCGGGCGCGGCGGAGGGGCAGGUGUUUGGGUGGCAGCUGUACGUGCAGACGGAGCGGGCGAAGAGCGAAGCCAUGCUCGCGCGGAUAGCGAAACUGCCGGCUUACAAGUUCCUCGUCCUCACGCUCGAUGCGCCGGUGCCCGGGAAAAGGGAACACGACGAGCGCAGCAAGAACAUCGGCGCUAACCUGCCUAUACGGUCGUCUGUGCAGGAGGGCUCAGCCUCGACCACAUCGCCUGACCCCGAGGCGGCCUCGGCAAAAGAGAUCCCAGCCCCAACCGGCGGCGUCGGAAAGGCGCUCUUCGCGGGCACGGCGCCGGACCUGACAUGGGCGACCACGCUGCCGUGGUUAGAGAAACACACCACUCUCCCCAUCGUGCUGAAGGGCAUACAAACGCACGAGGACGCCUACAUAGCCUCCCGCCAUCCGCAGGUCAAGGCCAUCGUGCUGAGCAACCACGGCGGGCGCGCCAUGGACACAGCCCCGCCCGCCGUGCACACGCUGCUGGAGAUCCGGAAGUACUGCCCCGACGUCUUCGAGCGCGUCGAGGUGUGGGUGGACGGCGGGAUCAAGCGGGGCACGGAUGUGGUUAAGGCGCUUUGUCUUGGUGCGAAGGCGGUCGGAGUCGGGAGGGCGGCGCUGUUUGGGUUGGGGGCCGGGGGGCAGCAGGGCGUGGAGAGGGUGUUGGAGAUUCUGAAGGCCGAGACGGAGACGGCGAUGAGGUUGUUGGGGGUUGAGAGGGUGGAGGAGUUGGGGUUGCAGCAUAUCAAUACGCGCAGAGUGGAACAGGAGAUCUAUGAUGGGCCGGCUAAUCUGGAGGGGCCGUCCUUGUGGGAGAAGGCUUCGACAGCCAUCAAGGCCAAGUUGUGA